AUGUUUAGGGUACUUAUUCCAUCGAGGAAGCUUGUGCCGGGAUGCGGGGGAUUUAUGGGUGGAAUAGCAAGAAUACAGGCGUAUUCCACCAAGAAAGAUAAAUCGGAAGAGAUAUUUAAGACCAAGAUACAGCAGAGGGAAAAGGAAGCCCAGCAGAAAUUGCCUGAGUGGACCAAGAGAGAUGAGGCCAUACGGAAUAGGUACGGUGAGUGGAAUCCCACGCAUCGGUUGUCACGCCAGCAGAUCCAGGACAUACGGAAUAUCAAAGACAAGAUGCCGCAUAUGAAGACGAUCGAGCUCGCGAACCAUUUCAAGAUAUCGCCGGAGGCGAUCAGAAGGAUAUUGAAAUCAACGUGGGUACCCAGCGAUUCGGAGGAGGAACGCAUUCGUCUUCGGGGCGAAAAGCGUAAAGACGAGAGCCUUGUCCACAAGAAAGAGAUGAUGAACGAUAUUGAACUCGCCAGGAAGCGUCUUACAUACGGGAAGAGUGUGACCAUGGGAGGGAUAAAUGUGCCGAGAUCUGGAGGAAGAAAGGGCAAGAAUUUGAGAAAUACGUUCAGCACUGAUGGUAAGGUCAACUUCGAUAGCAAUAACAGCCACGGGUAUUAUAACAGGAAGGGCAAAACUAAGGCAUUUAAAAGGAAACCGUACGUUGAAAACGUAGGGGACAUCAUAGAUUAA